GAGAGAGAGGGGGACUGGGAGAGAGAGGGACUGGGAGAGAGAGAGAGGGGGACUGGGAGAGGGAUGGAGGCCGAGAGGUUGUGUGAUUAACCCCGAGCGCUUGCGGUGUUGUGGAGUGUGAGCUGGGGCUGAAACUCAGAGUGAGUCAUGGCGGAGUGUGUGUGUGUCCGGGAGUAGCCCCGCCCCCCCCAGCCAGCAGUGUGUGGGUCUGAAACUCAGCAGCAGCGCAGCGGAGCGGAGAGCCGAGGCCGGGAGCGCGUCCACCCCUUACUGCCCGGCGAGGAGCGCGUCCACCCCGCACUGCCCGGUCUGUGAUGGUCGAUGGCAUCAUGAUCCUCCUGCUCGUGGCCCUGACGCUUUUACCAGCUGCCAGUGUAGAAGAUAAAGUGACGGUGAACGACUUUGAAUGUGUGUGCGAGGGGCAAUCAUGCGGCAGCAACGGCCACUGCUUUGGCCAGCAGUGCUUCUCGUCUGUCUCCAUCCGGAACGGGACAGCCCUGCGACAGAAGGGGUGCAUUGUGGGUACGGGGGAAGAGGCGGGACAGUGCGGAAGCUCCCUACCGGAGUCUGGCGUCAUGGUGCAGUGCUGCCAGGGAACACUGUGCAACAGCAACCUCACUGUGGAGAUGCCAAGCUCAGAUAAGGACUCGUCCACGCAGCAUGUCUGUGUGUGUGAGGGAGUGGAGUGUGCCAGCGGGGGGCUGUGUUUCGGAGAGCAGUGUUUCUCCUCCGUCACAAUCAGCCACGGAAACCUGCGGCAUCGUAAAGGCUGUUUCUCCGCCACUCGGAGGGGCGGGGCUAACUGUUACACACCCAACUCACCUGAUCGAAUCAUUAACUGCUGCACAGGCCACUUUUGUAACGCCAACAUCACAGUGGAUCUCCCAGUUCGAGACGCAGAGAGGAAACUGCCUCCAAAAGAGCACGAAUGUGUGUGUGAGGGCCGUUCGUGUGUGACGGGUGAGCGGUGUAUGGGACAGCAGUGCUUCUCGUCUCUGACUCUGAGUGAUGGAGUGGUGGUCCAUCAGAAGGGCUGCUUCACCGUGUACGAACAGGGUCGCAUGACCUGCAAAACCCCGCCUUCACCUGACCAGAUUGUCGAGUGUUGCCAGGCUCACCUGUGUAAUAUGAACCUCAGUGUGACUCUGCCUCUCCGAGGGCACGACGGCCCAAACUAUAGCGUCACAACAUUGGUCAUCGUGAUUGUGGCUCCAGUGAUUGUCCUCAUUAUCCUUUCGACGGUGGCCAUCUUGAUUUUCCGUCGAAUCCACCGUAACCAGAUGGAGCGGCUGACGGCCCGCGAUGCUGAGUACGGCACCAUCGACGGACUCAUCGCAUCCAACGUUGGCGAAAGCACACUCGCGGAUCUGUUGGACCACUCAUGCACAUCAGGCAGCGGUUCAGGACUGCCUUUCCUGGUACAGAGAACAGUCGCCAGACAGAUUACACUGAAUGAGUGUGUGGGGAAAGGGCGUUAUGGGGAGGUGUGGAGAGGUCAGUGGCAGGGUGAGAACGUUGCUGUGAAGAUCUUCUCCUCCCGAGACGAGAAGUCCUGGUUCCGUGAGACUGAGAUCUACAACACAGUGCUGCUGAGGCAUGAGAACAUUCUAGGUAUGUCCUGUUCAGUUCAGCUGGCUGUGUUAGGAUUAAAUGCACUACAAAAUAAGAAUAUUAGCACGUUAGUAAUGGAAGAUCAAUUUUCUUUCCCUUUUCUUACAGGCUUUAUUGCAUCUGACAUGACGUCUCGUAACUCCAGCACUCAGCUAUGGCUAAUCACGCAUUACCACGAGAUGGGCUCGCUGUAUGAUUAUCUGCAGCUGAGCACGCUGGAUGCCCCGGCUUGCCUGAGGAUGGCGCUGUCCAUCGCAAGCGGCCUGGCGCACCUGCAUGUAGAGAUUUUCGGCACGCAGGGCAAGCCAGCCAUAGCUCAUCGAGACCUGAAGAGCAAGAACAUCUUGGUGAAUAAGAAUGGACAGUGCUGCAUUGCUGACCUUGGCUUGGCUGUGAUGCAUUACCAGGACACAAACGAGCUGGAUGUGGGGAGUAACCCAAAAGUGGGCACCAAACGGUACAUGGCCCCUGAGGUGCUGGAUGACUCCAUUCAAGUGGACUGCUUUGAGUCAUACAAACGAGUGGACAUUUGGGCUUUCGGCCUCGUGCUAUGGGAGAUCGCCAGACGCACAGUCAGCAACGGUAUUGUAGAGGACUACAAACCUCCCUUCCAUGACGUAGUGCCUAGUGACCCCAGCUUUGAGGACAUGAAAAAGGUGGUGUGUAUAGACCAGCAAAGACCCAACAUCCCCAACAGAUGGUUCUCAGAUUCAACUUUAACAUCCAUCGCCAAACUCAUGAAAGAGUGUUGGUACCAGAACCCAUCGGCGAGGCUCACGGCUUUGCGCAUCAAAAAGACUCUGACAAAAAUCGACAACUCUUUGGACAAAAUUAAAGCGGACAUUUAAACUCUCUUCGUAUGGAAGAAUCUCAAAGGCCUUUAUAAUGUCCAGCGGAUGCCUCGUCUGGAGAUCCAGGAAAAUGAAACAAACAAAAAAACAACAAAAAAAAAGGGACCGCACGGCACAGUGCUCUCUUAGAGGCACAAUGUAUUUAUUUUAAAACGUACAGUGGGACACAUUUUGGCAUCCAAAGAUGGCACAGAGGGCAUUUAAAAAAAAAAAAAAAAAAAAAAAAAAAAAAGACGACAGCUAUGUGACCUAGCUUUCACAGAGACUGUUAUUGUAGCAAGAGCUGGAAAGGAGAAAGUCGCUUUAGAGCUCCAGUUUACUUCUAACACAGCUUUUGAUUUUUAGAACUGUCCGAAAACGACGUCUUUCCUUUAGCAAUAUUGUCUGUGCUUCUUUUUUGAUUAAUUGCACUGGCAGUCGCUGGCAUUCCUUACUUGCACUGUUGUGGAAGAAUUUGGAGGGGAAAAAAAGAUGACAAUUUGCCAAAAAAGGCUGUAUUUUAUAUUCCACUAGCAUCGUAUUCUUAUCCACUAUCAACCACAGAGAUAAUACAAGCAACUUUUAGUUUUAUGUUAGUCUUUCUUGUUUUUUUUUUUCUGUCGUCGUUGUUUACUUUUGCACUGCCGUUUACAGUAUAAUGCUAAAAAAGAGCAUCUCUGCCUUCAUUCAUAUCACUCAAGCUGUAAUUUAUUUAACUUUUGUUUUUGAACCGAACAAUAGCCACUCUGUUACUGUUUUGCCUGAGAUGUUUAACGUGUCACUGAUUUUUUUUUUUUGUAUUAUUGAGCAUUUAGCUAUUUUCCUUUUGUUUGUUUGUUUCAUAAGCUUUAUUGAGUAUAGAUGCUAAAGUAAAUAAAAAAAAAUCUUAACUCAAAAA